ACACCUCCAACGGCUAUGGGCAGACCCAAAGCUCCAGUCAACGACUUGUCCCCAUCGACUCUUCCGCCCGAUCACAAGCUCGUCAUGAUCGGUAUACCACGGGGAUCAGGCAAUUUUGAAUGUGUGGAUCCAGAAGGUGAAGAGAGAUUGGUGGAAGUCGGGACAAAGUUGAAGAAGAUGGUCUUGAUCACGCGAGGUGACUUUGGUUUCAUACGUAUUUUUCCACCUUCGCCUGAACCGUCAAAAUCGUCCAAAGGGAAAUCGAGACUGGUCGGCGAAAUUGUCAGUAUGAUCAGCGCGAAAGAGGUCAAGGCCUGGAAGAAGAGUGGAGAGUGGCCUGAAGGAUUUGGUGAGCUGAACCCAACUAGUGAGGAGCAACUCGACGUCCAGGAGGGAGAGGACGAUGGAUAUGAGAGUGAUAAUAAUGAUUGAUCGUCCUAC